CCACGCCAAAUGUCCUGCCGUCAAGCCUUUGAUCAAGCCUUCUACUGCCAAUCGCUAGGCGGCAAGUUCAACGACAUUUACCGCUAUGGUGAGCUGCGCAGCUGCUCUGACAACUGGAACGCCUUUUGGUUCUGCAUGCGAAUCAAGACGUUACCUGAUCGCGAGCGCGAAGAGCGAAUCAAGGAGUUUUACAAGGCGAGGGAUGAACAGAACAAGGCUGAGAGGGGCAGCUCGGAAAAGAUCUGGGACUUGAGGACUGAA